AUGGAUGCAACAGAAGAGAGCAUGCAGAAAAACAGCAAGCUGCAGCGGCAGAAGAGCCGGCUCCAGAUGCAGGCGCCAUCCGCCAUCCAGGUUGGCCGCGCCGAGCCCGCCGCGGUAGCCGAGUGGAGGGCCGCCAUCCCCCUCCUCUCCCCGCUCGACGUCUCGACUGCAGCGGCGGCGGCGGCUGCAGACGAAGUAAAAGCCGCCGACGGCGGCGCGUGGAGGCAUCCGGCCGCUCCGUUUUACUACGAGCCCGUGCCCGGAAAUGCGCCGGCCUUUGUCUUCUCGUACUGUGCGUAA